UGGAGGUGGCCUCGCCUACCCGGGGCUGGGCAGGGGCGCGCGCGUGGAGCCGGCCAGCCCCGCGUCCCCUCAGACGUGCUGGAUGGCAGCCCAGGUGGCAGCCCGGGAGGCGGGAGGCUUCCGGGAAGUCCCGACCCUUCGCCUAACCCCGGGCGCCGGCCCGGAGGCGGCGGGCCUGGUGGAGUAUGAAGAGGAGGACGAAGACGAGGAGGUGGCGGCGGCCAGGAGAGCGCGGAGUUUCGCCCAGGACGCACGGGUGCGCUUCGUCGGCGGCCGUCUGGAGCAGAUGCUGGGGCUCCCGGAGGAGAAAUGGAACCAGCAUUUGGAGAGCGAGGACAAGCGGCAGGUCCUGGGGGAGUUUCUGGAGAGCCCCAGCCCCGCCUGCCUUGUGUUCAGCGUCGACGCCGUGGAGCGGCUCGCGGCGUCGCAACAGAUUCCAAGAGAUGCAAAACAUAAACUUGUUUAUAUUGCCAAGAAGAGUACUGAAAACGUUGGAGUAAAUGAUUUCUCUCAAACAGUUUUAUUUGGAGAGUUACCCGCCUCAUCUCUUGGACAUGUAACUGCUUUCCUAGACGAGAUUUUAGUGCCAAUUAUUUCUAAUAAGAACAACCAUAAAUCCUGGUCCUGUUGUAUUUCACAAGACAUGGAACGUCACAUAGAAGUCAUGAAAAAUAAAAUGCAUAUUUUUAAGGGCAAAAUGUUAAGAAGAACUCUUCUACCAAUUCCCACUAUUGCGGGAAAUGUUGACCUGGAUCAGAAAUAUUCAGAGACCAAACUAGAGCCAAAUGAAAGGACAGUACUCCAUGCAAUUGAAUCAGUGGUUAUUAAAUGGUCGCAUCAAAUCCAAGAAAUUGUAGAAAAAGAUUUAGUGCAGCCUUUGCUGAAUAGUCUUCACUCAAAUCCUCAAACUGAACUGGAUUUCUGGAUGAUGAGGAGAGAGAACCUAGCAUGCAUUUAUGAUCAACUUCAGGCUCCCAUUGUCCUCAAAAUGGUUAAGAUCCUGAAAAAUAAGCAAAGCAGCUAUUUUCCAACUUUGAAGGAUAUCUUCAUGGCUGUGAAAAAUGCUCUUCUCGAAGCCCAAGACGUGGAACUUUACCUGAGACCCCUGAGGAGACACCUUCAACGUGUCCAGGAGACGGAAUUCCCACAGACUGGUGUAUUAAUUGCCCCGUUAUUUCAUACCAUCUGUCUGAUCUGGAGUCGUUCCACGUUUUAUAAUACCCCUGUUCGGGUUAUAGUACUAUUGCAAGAGUUUUGUAAUCUCUUCGUUGACCGGGCACUAGCUUACCUUUUGCCUGAAAACCUUUUGAGAGGAGAAAUUGAAGACUCUCUGGAAAAGGUGCAGGUGGCCAUUAACAUCUUAAAGACUUUCAAAAAUUGUUUUUUUAACUAUAGAAAAGGAUUGGCAAGCUAUUUUACGGGAAAUAAGGAGCUGAAACCAUGGGAUUUCCAGUCUCAUCUGGUGUUUCUUAGAUUUGACAAAUUUCUCGACCGUUUCAUGAAAAUAGAGGAUAUAUUUGUCACCAUAUUGGAAUUUGAAAAGCUGGAAAGACUUGAAUUUGGCGGUACCAAGGGAGCAAUUUUAAAUGGACAAAUCCACGAGAUGAGAGAAGAAUUUAUGGAACUCUGUAAGAUUUUUCAACAGAGCACAUAUGACCCAUCUGAUUACAAUAACAUGGAAUUUGAAAGUGAUUAUGUUGUGUUUAAGUCCAAAACUUUGGAUUUUGACAGAAGGCUCGGGACAAUUCUUUGUGAAGCUUUCUUUAACUGCAAUGGUCUGGAAGCUGCAUUUAAGCUUUUGACUGUAUUUGGGAAUUUCCUUGAGAAACCAGUUGUCAUGGAAAUUUUCAGCCCACGUUACAGCACACUCGUGCACAUGUUCAGUGCAGAGUUGGAUAUGUGUAAGCAAUUGUAUAAUGAACGCGUGGGACAGAUUGAACAAGGAAAUGUAGUCCUUCACAAGAAUAUGCCAUUUACCUCAGGAAAUAUCAAAUGGGCUAAAGAGGUCGUGGACCGACUUCAAAUGUUUUGGUCAAACCUUGCAUCUCUCCGUUAUCUAUUCUUGGAAAGUCCUGAUGAUGCCUUGGUUUAUCAGACGUAUAUUGAGAUGACAGCUUUGCUAGACCAGUUUGAAAAUCGUAUCUAUAAUGAAUGGAAAAGUAAUGUGGAUGAAAUCUGUGAAUUCAAUUUGAAUCAACCCUUGGUUAAAUUCAGUGCCGUAAGUGGUCUUCUCAGUGUCAACUUUGACCCAAAGCUAGUGGCCGUAUUAAGAGAAAUUAAAUACCUUUUGAUGUUGAAGAAAUCAGACAUACCGGAUUCAGCCUUAGCCAUCUUCAAAAAAAGAAACACUCUUUUAAAGUACAUUGGAAAUCUUGAACUUCUUGUGCAAGGAUAUAAUAAGCUGAAACAGACUCUUCUGGAAGUUGAAUACCCCCUGGUUGAGGAUGAGCUGAGGGCUGUGGAUGAGGAGCUGCAGGCAGCUGCCACAUCGCUGACAUGGCAGGAUGACUGCUGGGGGGACAUCGAGAGGAUGAAGACGGCCACCUCAGAGUUGGAGCGCAGAGCGGAGCAUGCGCAGAACAACGUCAAAGUGAUUCAGCAGACGAUGCGGGCCUGGGUGGAGUGCACGCUCCUUCCCAGGAGAGAACACAGGCGGGAGACCGCCUUGACUUGGGAGGACAAGGGUGAUUUGUUUGCGAAAAAAUACAAGCUAAUCCAGGAAGGUGGCUGCAAGAUACACAACUUGGUUGAGGAAAAUAGGAAGCUGUUCAGAGCCACUCCUUCUCCGGAUGCCUGGAAGAUUUAUGUAGAAUUCAUUGAUGACAUCGUGGUGGAAGGCUUUUUUCAAGCGAUAAUGCAUGACUUAGACUUCUUCCUGAUGAACACAGAGAAACAACUGAAAUCUGCGCCGUUUUUUCAAGCACAAAUGAUCUUAAUGCCCCCGGAGAUUCUGUUUAAACCUUCUUUAGAAGGAGAGGCUGGGGAUGGCUUCUAUGAUCUGGUGGAAGAAAUGCUGUGCAGUAGUUUCAGAAUGUCUGCCCAGAUGAAGCGAGUAGCAGCACAUCUGGAAAUAGCAAAUUACCAGAAUGAUAUGGACAACAUGCUGGGCCUGGUGGAGGUCAGGCAGGAGAUCAUGAAGAGAGUGGCAGACGUCAUCAACAAAGUCUUGGACUUCAGAAACACCCUGGACACAUACGCUUACCUCUGGGUGGAUGACCGGACCGAGUUUAUGAAGCACUUCCUCCUGUAUGGCCAUACUGUGUCAUCUGAGGAGACAGGGCCUCAUGCAAAUGAAGACAUUCCCGGACAACCACCAACACUCGAGCAAUUCAAAGAACAGAUUGACAUUUAUGAGGCUUUGUAUGUUCAGAUGAGCAAGUUUGAUGACUUCAGAGUGUUUGAUGGUUGGUUCAAGGUGGACAUGAAGCCUUUCAAAGUGAGCUUGCUAAACAUUAUCAGGAAAUGGAGCUGGAUGUUUCAGGAGCAUCUUUUGAGAUUUGUCAUUGACAGUCUGAAUGAGCUACAAGAAUUUAUAAAGGAGACAGGUGCUGGACUUCAGAGAGAAUUAAGUGAAGGCGAUCACGAUGGUUUAGUUGACAUUAUGGGGCAUCUUCUGGCUGUAAGAAGCCGACAGAGAGCUACUGAUGAACUCUUUGAACCACUAAAAGAAACCAUCACACUCUUGGAAACGUAUGGCCAGAAGAUGCCUGAGCAGGUCUAUGCUCAACUAGAGGAAUUACCUGAAAGAUGGAAAACUACCAAAAAGAUCGCAGCAACUGUCAGACAUGAAGUCUCACCUCUCCAAAAUGCAGAAGUCACUCUUAUAAGGAAAAAAUGUAUUUUGUUUGAUGAGAAGCAGGCGGAGUUCAGAGAGCGAUUCAGACUCUAUGCUCCUCUUCGUUUUAAUGCAGAAAAUCCAUAUAGAGUACUUGAUAAGGCAAAUCAAGAGCUUGAGGCAUUAGAAGAAGAAAUGUUGCAGAUGCAAGAAUCUACUCAUCUUUUUGAAGUGGCUCUUCCAGAGUACAAACAAAUGAAGCAGUGUCGCAGAGAGAUAACAUUGCUUAAGGGGCUCUGGGAUGUCAUUAUUUAUGUUAAGAGAAGCAUUGAUAAUUGGACUAAAACCCAGUGGAGACAGAUUAAUGUGGAACAGAUGGAUGUGGAACUCAGAAGGUUUGCCAAGGCAAGUUCCAUAACUGAAAUCUGGUCUCUCGAUAAGGAAGUCCACGUGUGGGACGCUUACUCAGGCCUGGAAGGCACAGUGAAGGACACGAUGACCUCCCUGAGGGCCGUUGCGGAGUUACAGAGCCCUGCCCUCAGAGACAGGCAUUGGCACCAGCUGAUGAAGGCCACUGGGGUCAAGUUUUCUAUAAACGAAGUCACAACUUUGGCAGAUUUGUUAGCCUUGCGGUUACACCAAGUGGAAGAGGAUGUCCGAAGCAUCGUGGACAAAGCAGUGAAAGAGCUGGGGACUGAGAAGGUUGUUACUGAAAUCAGCCAGACCUGGGCAACCAUGGAGUUCUCUUAUGAAGUUCACUCUCGGACAGGCAUUCUGUUACUGAAGUUUGAUGAACAAUUGUUUGAAACUCUAGAGCACAACCAAGUUCAGUUACAGACUCUGCUUCAAAGCAAGUAUGUGGAAUAUUUCAUUGAGCAAGUCAUAAGCUGGCAAAACAAAUUAAACACAGCAGAUUCGGUCAUCUUUGCUUGGAUGGAAGUACAGCGCACUUGGUCUCACCUAGAAAGCAUCUUUGUUUAUUCAGAAGAUAUUCGAAUUCAGCUUGUGAAAGAUGCUCAAAGAUUCGGUGGAGUAGAUGCCGAAUUUAAGGAGUUAAUGUUCAGGACAGCUAAAAUAAAAAAUGUUUUAGAAGCAACAUGCAGACCUAACCUCUAUGAAGAACUUAAAGAUUUACAGUACAGGCUUUCUCUUUGUGAAAAAGCUCUUGCUGAGUACCUGGAAACCAAGCGUGUGGCUUUUCCGCGCUUCUAUUUCAUCUCUUCCGCAGACUUACUUGACAUUCUCUCAAAGGGAGCUCAGCCUAUGGAGGUUACACACCACCUUUCCAAACUCUUUGACAGCAUUGUAGAUCUGCAGUUUGAAGACCAUCAGGAUGUUUCCGCGCACAGGGCCGUUGGAAUGUACAGCAAAGAAAAGGAAUAUGUGCCAUUCCCAGCUGAGUGUGAAUGCAUAGGCCAUGUGGAAACGUGGCUUCUGCAGCUGGAACAGACCAUGCAAGAGACAGUGCGACGUUCUAUCACAGAAGCCAUCGCAGCCUAUGAGGACAAAGCCAGGGAAUUGUGGAUUUUUGAUUUCCCGGCUCAAGUCGCACUAACUAGCUCACAAAUCUGGUGGACUACGGAUGUAGGAAUAGCCUUCAGUAGGCUAGAGGAAGGCUACGAAACGGCCCUAAAGGAUUUCCAUAAAAAACAGAUUUCUCAGUUGAAUACGCUGAUUGCACUUCUGCUGGGAGAACUUCUACCUGGAGACAGGCAGAAGAUCAUGACAAUCUGUACCAUAGAUGUCCAUGCCAGAGACGUGGUGGCAAAACUUAUUUCUCAGAAGGUCGUCACUCCGCACGCUUUUGCUUGGCGCUCUCAACUUCGUCACCGGUGGGAGGACACCCAGAAACAUUGCCUCGUCGAUAUUUGUGACGCCCAGUUGCAGUACUUCUAUGAGUAUUUAGGAAAUAGCCCUCGACUAGUGAUCACUCCUCUAACUGACAGGUGUUACAUUACUUUAACUCAGUCACUUCAUCUCACCAUGAGUGGGGCUCCCGCUGGCCCGGCUGGUACAGGGAAAACAGAAACCACCAAAGAUCUUGGCCGUGCCCUGGGCAUGGUAGUUUAUGUAUUCAACUGUUCAGAGCAAAUGGACUACAAAUCCAUAGGAAAUAUCUAUAAGGGAUUGGUGCAGACAGGAGCUUGGGGCUGCUUUGAUGAGUUCAAUCGAAUUUCUGUGGAAGUUCUCUCCGUGGUGGCAGUACAAGUGAAGAUGAUACACGAUGCCAUCAGAAACAGGAAGAAGAGAUUUGUAUUUCUUGGGGAAGCUAUCACACUGAAGCCAUCAGUUGGAAUAUUUAUUACUAUGAACCCAGGAUAUGCUGGUCGAACCGAAUUACCGGAAAAUCUCAAAGCUCUUUUCAGACCCUGUGCCAUGGUGGCCCCUGACAUCGAGCUAAUCUGUGAAAUCCUGUUAGUUGCUGAAGGUUUUGUGGAUGCACGCUCACUAGCCCGCAAGUUUAUUACAUUGUACACGCUCUGCAAGGAGCUGCUGUCCAAGCAGGAUCAUUAUGAUUGGGGACUUCGUGCUAUUAAAUCUGUCUUGGUUGUAGCUGGCUCCCUGAAACGAGGAGAUAAAAAUAGACCUGAAGAUCAGGUACUCAUGAGAGCAUUAAGGGACUUCAAUAUGCCUAAAAUAGUGACUGAUGACAUCCCUGUGUUUUUGGGCCUGGUUGGUGACCUGUUUCCAGCCCUGGAUGUGCCCCGGAGGAGAGUGCCCCACUUUGAACAGAUGGUCAGGCAGUCCACCGUGGAGCUCCGCCUGCAGCCCGAGGAAAGCUUCAUCCUCAAAGUGGUCCAGCUUGAGGAGCUGUUGGCCUUGCGACACUCUGUCUUUGUCGUUGGAAACGCAGGCACGGGAAAGAGCAAGAUUUUGAGAACACUGAACCGAACAUAUGUUAACAUGAAACAGAAACCCAUUUGGAAUGACUUAAACCCCAAAGCUGUGACAACAGAUGAACUCUUUGGUUUCAUACAUCAUGCUACCCGAGAAUGGAAAGAUGGUCUAUUCUCAUCCAUUCUGCGAGAACAAGCAAAUCUUAGGCAUGAUGGACCAAAAUGGAUAGUGCUGGAUGGCGAUAUUGAUCCCAUGUGGAUUGAAUCACUAAAUACUGUCAUGGACGAUAACAAGGUGCUGACCUUGGCCAGCAAUGAACGCAUAGCUCUCACUCCCUCUAUGAGACUGCUCUUCGAGGUUCAUCACUUAAGGACAGCAACCCCAGCUACUGUUUCCAGGGCUGGUAUUCUAUACGUGAACCCACAAGAUUUAGGCUGGAAUCCGUAUGUGGCCAGUUGGAUAGACAGAAGGCAUCAUCAGUCAGAAAAGGCCAAUUUAACAAUUCUUUUUGAUAAAUACGUUCCUGCGUGCUUGGAUAAGCUGAGAACAAGCUUUAAAACCAUCACUUCAAUUCCAGAGAGCAGCCUGGUGCAGACUAUUUGCACUCUUUUGGAGUGUUUGUUGACUCCUGAAAAUGUACCUUCUGACAGCCCGAAGGAAGUUUAUGAGGUCUAUUUUGUCUUUGCUUGUAUCUGGGCAUUUGGAGGCAUUCUACUUCAAGAUCAGCUUUCUAGUUGUCAAGCUGAAUUCAGUCAGUGGUGGCAUAAAGAGAUGAAAGCAGUGAAGUUUCCAUCCCAGGGAACAAUUUUUGAUUAUUAUCUGGACCACAAAACUAAGAAAUUCUUGCCUUGGGCUGAUAAAAUCCCCCAAUUUACUAUGGAUCCAGAGGCACCUUUGCAGAGAGUUCUGGUUCACACAUCAGAGACAACUCGUCUUCAAUAUUUCAUAGAGUUGCUGCUUGAGAAAGGACAGCCGCUGAUGCUGGUAGGAAGCGCUGGAGUGGGAAAAACAGUCUUUGUAGGUGACAUACUAGCAGGUCUCUCCGAGGCUUAUAUAGUGUCCCAUGUGCCUUUCAACUACUACACAACAUCGGCAGCUCUGCAGAGAAUUCUUGAGAAACCUCUAGAGAAAAAAGCUGGUCGUAACUAUGGUCCAGGAGGAAAUAAAAACUUGGUUUAUUUUAUCGACGACAUGAAUAUGCCUGCAGUGGACUUAUAUGGCACUGUUCAGCCCCACACUCUGAUUCGACAGCAUAUUGAUUAUGGUCACUGGUAUGAUAGACAGAAGGUGAUGCUUAAAGAAAUCCACAGCUGUCAGUAUGUUGCCUGCAUGAAUCCGAUGGUGGGCCGUUUCACUAUCAAUCCUAGACUACAGAGACAUUUCACAGUGUUUGCAUUCAACUUUCCGUCCAUGGAUGCACUAAACACCAUCUACAGCCAAAUCCUGAAUUUCCAUUUCCAGCAGCAAGCAUUUGGUCCGUCAGUUCUCAGGAGUGGCCCCACUUUGAUACAGGCAACAAUCGCAUUCCAUCAGACGAUGACACACACCUUUUUACCCACAGCCAUUAAAUUCCACUACCUUUUUAAUCUGAGAGACCUGUCAAACGUCUUCCAGGGGAUUUUAUUUGCUUCUCCUGAGUGUUUAAAGGAUCCAAAUGAUUUAAUACGCCUGUGGCUUCAUGAAUCUUCUCGUGUUUAUGGAGACAAACUGAUAGACACAAAGGAUCGUAAUUUGUUUCAUAAAAACAUGCUGGAAACUGCUAGUAAAUAUUUUGAAGGUGUAGACAGCUAUGUGCUGCUUCAACAGCCCCUCAUCUACUGCCAUUUCGCUAAUGGCAGCAAAGACCCGUGUUACCUGCCGGUGAGGGACUGGGAAGUGCUGAGGACAUUUCUGACAGAAGCCUUAGAUAACUACAACGAACUCAAUGCCGCCAUGCACCUUGUUUUAUUUGAAGACGCCAUGCAACAUGUGUGUCGCAUCAGCCGGAUCCUGCGGACUCCUCGGGGUUACGCGCUCUUGAUUGGAGUGGGGGGCAGUGGCAAGCAGAGCCUGUCCCGCCUGGCAGCCCACGUUUGCAGCCUCGAGGUCUUCCAGAUCACUCUGACCGAAGGCUUUGGCAUCCAAGAACUUCGGGUAGAUCUUGCCAAUUUGUACGUCAGAACUGGAGCCAAGAACAUGCCCACUGUGUUCCUGCUGACAGAUGCACAGGUUCUAGAUGAGAGCUUUCUCGUGCUGAUUAAUGACUUGCUGGCAUCAGGGGAAAUCCCUGAUCUGUUCAGUGAUGAAGAUGUAGACAAGAUAAUUUCUGGAAUUCGUAAUGAAGUUCAUGGUCUGGGCAUGGUGGACUCCAGAGAAAAUUGUUGGAAAUUCUUUUUGGCCCGGGUGCGACUACAGCUGAAAAUCAUUUUGUGUUUCUCUCCGGUUGGUCACACGCUGAGAAGUAGAGCUCGGAAGUUCCCAGCCCUGGUUAACUGCACGGCUGUUGACUGGUUCCAUGCUUGGCCCCAGGAGGCUCUGGUCACAGUCAGCAGGAGGUUCAUUGAGGAAACCAAGGGAAUUGAGCCCCUGGAUAAAGAUUCUAUUAGCCUCUUCAUGGCACACGUUCACACUAGCGUAAACGAAAUGAGUACCAGGUAUUACCAGAAUGAGAGAAGACACAACUAUACCACCCCAAAGAGUUUUCUGGAACAAAUAUCACUGUUUAAGAACCUGUUGAAGAAGAAACAAAACGAGAUAUCCCAGAAGAAAGAGCACUUGGUGAAUGGCAUCCAGAAGCUAAAAACCACAGCCUCUCAGGUAGGGGAUCUGAAAGCCAGACUCGCCUCUCAAGAAGCUGAGUUACAACUGAGAAAUCACGAUGCUGAAGCUCUGAUCACAAAGAUCGGGCUUCAGACGGAGAAAGUGAGCCGGGAAAAGGCCAUCGCCGAUGCCGAGGAGAGAAAGGUGACAGCUAUUCAGACUGAAGUGUCCCAGAAACAGAAGGAGUGUGAGGCCGACUUACUGAAGGCUGAGCCCGCGCUGGUGGCCGCGACAGCUGCUCUCAAUACACUCAACAGGGUCAAUCUCACUGAGCUGAAAGCCUUUCCCAGCCCUCCAAAUGCAGUUACCAACGUUACUGCAGCCGUGAUGGUCCUUCUGGCUCCCCGGGGCAGAGUGCCAAAAGACCGGAGUUGGAAAGCAGCUAAAGUCUUCAUGGGAAAGGUGGAUGAUUUUUUGCAAGCGUUAAUUAACUAUGACAAAGAGCACAUUCCAGAGAACUGUCUAAAAGUGGUGAAUGAACAGUAUUUGAAAGACCCAGAGUUCAACCCAAACCUGAUUCGGACCAAAUCUUUUGCAGCAGCUGGUCUCUGUGCCUGGGUCAUCAACAUCAUUAAGUUCUAUGAGGUCUACUGUGAUGUGGAGCCCAAACGGCAAGCAUUAGCCCAAGCAAACUUAGAACUGGCUGCAGCUACUGAAAAACUAGAGGCUAUCAGGAAAAAGCUGGCGGAUUUGGAUCGAAAUCUGAGCAGACUCACAGCUUCAUUUGAAAAAGCAAUAGCCGAGAAAGUCCGGUGUCAAGAAGAGGUGAACCAAACCAACAAAACUAUCGAACUGGCUAACAGACUUGUCAAGGAACUUGAGUCAGAGAAGAUUCGCUGGGGUCAGUCUGUUCAGUCCUUCGAAGCUCAAGAGAAGACGCUCUGUGGAGAUGUUCUCCUUAUGGCAGCAUAUGUGUCUUACGUUGGAUCCUUUACGCAGCAGUAUCGCCAGGAACUGGUAGACUGCAAGUGGGUUCCCUUUCUUCGACAGAAGGUCUCCAUCCCAAUAACUGAAGGCCUGGGCAUGAUUGCCAUGUUGACGGAUGAUGCCACAGUUGCCACCUGGCAUAAUGAAGGACUGCCCAGUGACAGAAUGUCCACCGAGAACGCUGCUAUCCUAACACACUGCGAGCGCUGGCCCCUGCUGAUAGAUCCCCAGCAGCAGGGAAUUAAGUGGAUCAAGAAUAAGUAUGGAACUGACCUGAAAAUCACACAAGUGGGCCGGAAAGGGUUUUUGAAUGACAUUGAAACCGCUUUGGCUUUUGGAGAUGUCAUCUUACUUGAAAACCUUGAGGAAACGAUAGAUCCAGUCCUUGAUCCGUUGCUUGGCAGGAACACAAUUAAAAAAGGAAAGUAUAUCAAGAUUGGGGAUAAAGAGUGUGAAUUUAACCGCAACUUUCGUCUUAUCCUUCACACAAAACUGGCAAAUCCUCACUAUAAGCCAGAAUUGCAAGCUCAGACAACCCUCCUCAAUUUCACGGUCACAGAAGAUGGUCUGGAAGCCCAGCUGCUGGCAGAGGUUGUCAGUAUUGAAAGGCCAGAUUUGGAGAAACUUAAGUUGGUUUUGACAAAGCACCAAAAUGACUUUAAGAUAGAGCUGAAGUAUCUGGAGGACGACCUCCUUCUGCGUCUCUCUGCGGCAGAGGGGAGCUUUCUAGAUGACACCAAACUGGUAGAGAGCCUGGAGAGAGCAAAGGCCACCGCGGCAGAGGUAGAGUGCAAGGUGAUUGAAGCUAAAGACAAUGAAAGAAAAAUCAACGAGGCCCGACAAUGUUACAGACCAGUGGCAGCAAGAGCAUCUCUGCUUUAUUUUGUUAUUAACGACCUCAGAAAAAUCAACCCCAUCUAUCAAUUCUCUUUGAAGGCUUUCAACACGCUGUUCCACAGAGCCAUCGAGCAGGCUGACAAGGUGGAGGACACGCCGGGACGCAUCUCAGUCCUGACCGAGAGCAUCACCCACGCCGUCUUCCUCUACACCAGCCAGGCGCUGUUUGAGAAGGACAAACUCACCUUCCUGUCCCAGAUGGCUUUUCAGAUUUUGCUGAGAAAAAAAGAGAUAGAUCCUCUUGAAUUGGAUUUCCUGCUUCGGUUCACAGUUGAAUAUGCGUACGUGAGUCCUGUUGACUUCCUAACUAAUCAGUCAUGGAGCGCUAUUAAGGUAGUAGCCCUCAUGGAAGAGUCCCAAGGCCUAGACCGAGAUGUGGAAGGAUCAGCCAAGCAGUGGAGGAAGUGGGCAGAAUCCGAGUGUCCAGAAAAAGAAAAGUUACCGCAGGAAUGGAAGAAGAAAAGUUUAAUACAGAAGCUGAUUAUUUUGAGAGCAGUGCGCCCUGACAGAAUGACAUAUGCUCUCAGGAAUUUCGUGGAGGAAAAACUGGGUGCAAAGUAUGUGGAGAGAACCAGACUGGACUUAGUUAAAGCAUUUGAAGAAAGCAGCCCAGCCACCCCAGUAUUCUUCAUCCUCUCCCCAGGGGUAGAUGCCCUCAAAGACCUAGAGAUCCUUGGCAAAAGACUUGGGUUUACAACUGACUCCGGAAAAUUCCACAAUGUGUCUUUAGGACAAGGUCAGGAGAUGGUGGCAGAAAUGGCCCUGGAGAAAGCUUCCAGAGGAGGACACUGGGUCAUACUCCAAAAUGUCCAUUUGGUAGCCAAGUGGCUCGGAACCUUGGAGAAACUCCUUGAAAGAUUCAGCCAGGGAAGCCACAGAGAUUACAGGGUUUUCAUGAGUGCUGAGUCUGCACCUACACCAAAUGAACAUGUCAUCCCUCCAGGACUCCUGGAAAAUUCCAUCAAGAUUACUAAUGAGCCCCCCACAGGAAUGCUGGCCAAUUUGCAUGCUGCUCUCGACAACUUUGAUCAGGAUACACUUGAAGUGUGCUCCAAGGAGCAGGAGUUUAAAAGCAUCCUCUUCUCUCUGUGCUACUUCCAUGCCUGUGUUGCUGGGAGACUGAGGUUUGGCCCCCAGGGCUGGAGCCGCAGCUAUCCGUUCAAUUCUGGAGACCUCACCGUCUGUGCCAAUGUCCUCUGCAACUACUUAGAGGCAAACCCUAACGUCCCAUGGGAAGACCUCCGUUACCUCUUUGGUGAGAUCAUGUACGGGGGCCACAUCACAGAUGACUGGGAUCGCAAACUGUGUCGGGUGUAUUUAGAAGAAUUCAUGAAUCCCUCUCUGGUCGAUGAUGAACUGAUGCUGGCACCAGGAUUUGCUGCCCCACCCAAUCUGGAUUACUCAGGCUACCACCAGUACAUAGACGAGAUGCUUCCUCCGGAAAGCCCGGCACUGUAUGGCCUCCACCCAGAUGCUGAAACAGAAUUCCUGACAGUCACAUCCAACACGCUCUUCAGAGCUUUGCUGGAGAUGCAGCCCAGGAAUGCACUCAGCGGUGAAGAGCUGGGACAGUCCACAGAAGACAAGGUUAAGAAUGUCUUGGAUGACAUUUUGGAGAAACUUCCAGAAGAGUUCAACAUGGCAGAGAUAAUGCAAAAAAACCCAAAUAGAAGCCCCUAUGUCCUUGUUUGCUUCCAAGAAUGUGAGAGGAUGAAUAUUCUCCUUCGGGAAAUCCGGGUGUCACUUCAACAAUUAGACCUUGGAUUGAAGGGGGAGCUGAUGCUGUGUCCUGAUCUGGAAGCCCAGCAGUCUGCGCUGAGUCACGACGCAGUACCAGAGAGCUGGAGCACACUGGCGUACCCGUCUACUUACGGCCUGGCCCAGUGGUUUAACGACCUCCUCUUGCGAUGUCGGGAACUGGAUACCUGGACACAAGAUCUCACCCUUCCGGCUGUGGUGUGGCUUUCUGGCUUCUUCAACCCUCAGUCCUUCUUAACUGCAAUCAUGCAGACCACGGCUCGAAAACACGAGUGGCCACUGGAUAAAAUGUGCUUGACUGUUGACGUCACCAAAAAAACGAAGGAGGAUUAUGGGCACCCCCCCAGGGAAGGCGCAUACCUCCACGGGCUCCUCAUGGAAGGUGCCCGAUGGGACAGCCAAUCAGGAGCCAUCGUGGACGCCCACCUCAAGGAGUUAAGGUCUGCAAUGCCAGUCAUCUUUGCAAAAGCCAUACCCGCGGACAGACAGGAAACCAAACACACCUACGAGUGCCCUGUGUACAAAACCAAAACGAGGGGCCCCAACUGGGUCUGGACCUUCAGGUUGAAGAGCAAAGAAAAGGCGGCCAAAUGGGUCCUGGCAGGCGUGGCCCUCCUGCUGGAGGCGUAACACGGCCCUUGCAGAGGGGCUUCUACUCCUCUCGCCGGCGCACCGCGGAGAUGUCCUUGUCCUUGUUCCCGCACAGUCGUUUAUUCUACCGAGAGGCAUAAAACAAACAAACAGAGUCCAGCUCCUGUACCUUUUAAGUAAGUAACUUACUUACUUAAAAGGUGCAUUCGUUGUUUGUUUGUUUUUAAACAAACACCAUCUCUGAAAAGUAGAGAAGGGGGACAAAAAGAAGCAAAUGUAGAAAAAAAGAUGGGAACCCUGCUGAAAAUCUGUUCAUUUUUAGCUCUCCCCAGUACCCUGGCCUCCCCCUUCCUGCAACACAAAAGAGUACAGUAUAGAUCACAUUUUCAUCAAAGUUCCAUUGAACCUCGAAAACAAUAUGGUUGCAAGUCUCCCGGUCCAUACAUGUGGGAGCCUAGUUCUUGUACAGAAACAAAAUCUCCUCUAAAAAGUAUUAUUAGCCUUUAAAAAAAAAAAAAAAAAAAGUAUUAGCCUUUAUAUUCUUUUAAAAGAUAGAAGCCACCGGCCCCAGGCAGCUGCUCCUGCUGGCCAGCAGCCCUCCAGUGUCCCGAAUGUGACUGACAGGCCACUUUUUUGUUCAAGUGUUAACAAAAAUAAAACUCAAGAUCUACAGGUAAUUGCACCUUGUAAUUUAGGGGAACAUUUUCAAUAUAAAUUUCCAGUGACCCAGAGCAGCUUCAACUAUGUGGUUUGAACUGUGGUCACUUGUGAGAAGGUAAACUUAAAGGGGACGUAACCCCUGUCACAAGCUGGCCUCCAGGGACUGGUUUGGGAGGUAAAAGAUCAAGGCAACAAAGGCAAGAGCUGCUUACACAAUGUUUCCUCUGGGGUAACUCUACCCCAUUUAAACUAUGAUUUUUUUUAAUCAGCUGCAGAUGCUUUUAACAAUUCAACCUAUAAACAGGCCUGCGUAUACAGGUAUAUCGAUUCCUCUCUCCUCUUCCUGAGAAAUCUUUUGAAGUAUAUAAACAAUCUUUCUUUAAAAAAAAAUAGUAUUUAGAUCUACAAAGAAGUUCUGUAUACAAACACAACCAUAAGAAAUCUUAGGCACAAAUGGCAUGUCUUGUUGGGAGUCCUCCAUGGUGAGCUGGCUGGUUCUUCUCUUAAUUGUCUUUUACCAGCUGCUUUUGUAAGCUGAGAAAAAAUGGGAAGCAUUAGUGGGACGGAGGCAAAAGCACAGCGGCAUCCUAGGUUAGAGGCCCAACCAUCCCCUGGAGUACCAAGCCCGAACCGGCUCUCCUGUCAGCAGCGCAGGCCCGACUCCUCACGCACGCACAGCGGUGCAGGCCGGCCCCCGGGGGGACUCGCCUGACUCCCGCGUCUCUACAUGCAGCCUCCUCGUCCGAGUGCACACGGCCCAAGCCUCCCCUCUCUUUAGCGCUGCCUCGGGCCUUCGCAGCUUUCCCUCAGCCUGCCUUGUGGACUCUUUACUGUUCGAGGCAAUCGGGGAAAUUGUAGCAAAGGGGGAACUUCCUGAUAGGGAAAAUACCAGUCCCGAGCUUGCCUAAUGCAAACAGAUACAGGAUGACUGGCACUCGAGGUGGUUUCUAAGAAUCGGGCUGAAACAAGGCAACCCAGUACCUGCCUAGAGGGUCUCCCCUGCUGCACCCGGGAAUUACAACCUCUGUUUUUGAUUUGUGAGGCUUACCUCUCCAGAUAUUCCUUAACGUUAUUAUAACCGUAAAACUUGGCCAGAUGAAUGAGGAUGCCUGUGGCACAGCGACCAUCGCGCUUCCGACAGUAACUGCAAUUGCAGAUGCCCCGGCAGGGAGGACACAUCCAGCCCUAGGGAAGCAAUGGCAGCAGAAAUGCCCCCGUUAUCAACAGGCUCCCGCAAGAUGAGCUGCUGAUUGAGCCUGGAUCACUCAGCCUCGCCACCAAUCUUUAAUCACGUGAGACCCUUAAGAUAAUCCUUCACCCUGUGACAUGUACUAAUGUCUCCUUCCUCUCGCAUGUUUCAAAAAGGUCCAGAAAGGUUGAUCACCCCAGAUCACGCAUGCAGAAACACUGAAACGUGUUGGUUUUCAACAGGACCAGGUGCAUAAUUAGUAGACAUAUGUUCAAAAAAUUUUGGAGAAUUUCAGGUAUCAGAGCAAGUGCAGGGCCCCUUACAACUUCACAGGUCACACGCCCAGGAAGUCGGCCCUGCUUCUGAGAGCAUAGGGUUUCUCAAAUCACUCAACCUGAGUAGCAGUUUACAUUCACUUGCAAACUAGGGACAGUCUAUUUACCCCCAUGACUGCUGCAUAAGAGGUCUUGCAGUGGUUAAGAGCACAGACGCUGGAGCGAGACUGCCCAGGUUCAAGGGCAUACACACUAACCAUCAUACUAUGUAUCAUCUCAUUUUACAGAGAGAACCAAGGGGUUGGGAGGCUGAAAGAAUAACAACUGAAAUAAACUGCACUAACAGACAUGAAAUCUCAGAGCAGUGCAGGUGCGCACAGAAAGCACCCUACACCGUGGUAUACCCACCCCCCUGGGCCUGGCCCCGGCAAAUCCAAGGUAAAGGACGCUGCUGGAGGAAAGGGACACAGGCUCGCCUGUACAAACCCUAACUCUAAGAAAGCUUGCCUCUGACCCUGGAAAGCGCAACGCACUCUCUUGUCCAGUCCUAUCUGUAGGGCAGGAAACUCUACUUUUCAUUGCUGCCAGUCUCAAGAGGCAGAAUGAAAGGAGGGUGGUGAGGGGGUCUACAAGACGCAGAGCUCUGCAGCUACAGGUACCCGAUAGAGGGCCCAGGGGCCCCGUCCUCAGCUCGCACCCCUCACCGAUACAACUCAGGCCGAGGCGAGCACUGUACCUACCGGGUCCAGCAGCGCCGAUCUCACGUCCUCCCCGUAGCGAUUCCGCAGGCAAGGCCCACAAAACUGUCCUCGCACCCCGCCGCAGCUCUGGUUCCGACACACCGUCUUGGUGUCAAUGGUCUUCUGCCGACACUGGUGGCAAGUGUUACCCUGAGGUGGAAGGCGGUGAGUGGUGAACAUGGGAUUUAGAGGGCGGGGCCCAGGAGGCCACACGGACAUCCCAAGUGCACGAAGCAGCCCUGCCUCUCCCCGAGCAUCGAGCGGUGCUGUUUCUCGGGUACAAACAACUGGCACUCUCCAGUAGCCUGUAAGCACUUUUAGUUCUGGGGCCAGAGAAGCCUCUUAGGGCAGAGGAGACUGAGCAGGGAGCCUGGAAGAAAUGAAAUGAUCAGCUGGACAGAAAUGACGGGAGAGACCAGAGCCCACAGGGGUGACAGGUGACUGAGUGAUGGUGAGCCCCGGGCAGCAUCACACGGCUCCCACCCAGUUCCCAGCAAUCCGGUUAUGUUCAGGAUGAAACCUCCUGGUUUGAAAACACUGGCAAUUAAACUGAAAACCUUUUAACAGUAUUUAAGACACUGUCCCAUUAUCUAAGAAGGAUGCAGAACAACACAAAGACAUCCUCUACAGUACCAUUUUAAAAAACUUUAACACAUUUCCUACCUACCAAAGAUAUUCUUCUAUCAAACUUUAGUUUCUAACGGUUAUAUACA